AAAGGGCCGGAAGGAAGCCGGGGAGACAGGUGGGGUACUCGGGAAGCUGGAGCGGGCCGGCGGUGCAGUCGCGGGGGAGCGAGGCCUGCUGAGCUUGGCAACGAGGGACUCGGCCUCGGAGGCGACCCAGACCACACAGACACUGGGUCAAGGAGUAAGCAGAGGAUAAACAACUGGAAGGAGAGCAAGCACAAAAGUCAUCAUGGCUUCAGCGUCUGCUCGUGGAAACCAAGAUAAAGAUCCCCAUUUUCCACCACCAAGCAAGCAGAGCCUGUUGUUUUGUCCAAAAUCAAAACUGCACAUCCACAGAGCAGAGAUCUCAAAGAUUAUGCGAGAAUGUCAGGAAGAAAGUUUCUGGAAGAGAGCUCUGCCUUUUUCUCUUGUAAGCAUGCUUAUCACCCAGGGACUAGUCUACCAAGGAACUACAGAGAAGCAAUCCUGUGCCUUUCUCUGUGCCGGAGUCCUGUGUCUCCCAAGGCUUCUGUAUAUGGUUAUUUGGCAGCUAAUUCUAGAUUUGGAUCAUUGCCCAAAGUUGCACUUGCUGGUCUCUUGGGAUUUGGCCUUGGAAAGGUAUCAUACAUAGGAGUAUGCCAGAGUAAAUUCCAUUUUUUUGAAGAUCAGCUCCGUGGGGCUGGUUUUGGUCCACAGCAUAACAGGCACUGCCUCCUUACCUGUGAGGAAUGCAAAAUAAAGCAUGGAUUAAGUGAGAAGGGAGACUCUCAGGCUUCAGCUUCCUAAAUUCUGUGUCUGUGACUUUCGAAGUUUUUUAAACCUCUGAAUUUGUACACAUUUAAAAUUUCAAGUGUACUUUAAAAUAAAAUACUUCUAAUGGAACAAAAA